AUGGACAGAGGGGAGGAGCGCCUCAUCUACGCCAUCACGGUCCCGCUUUCGACCUCCAUCAUCCUCGCCAACCUGGUCAUCAUCUCGGGGAUCUCGUGCAACCGCCAGCUGCGCAACACGCCCAACUACUUCUUCCUUAGCCUGUUGGUGGCAGACAUGUGCACGGGCGUGGCGCUGCCCUUCAUUCCCCUCAUGGCGCUCGAACGGGAGUUGAGCUUCGGCUCCUGCCUCGUGGCGCAUGUCUUCCCCAACUUCCUGUUCCUGGCGUUCCUUCUCAACUUGGUGAUGGUCCACUAUGAGCGUUACAUUUGCAUCGUGGAGCCGCUGCGCUACAGCAACUUGUGGAUGCAUCGCAGGUUCCCUCUGGCCCUGCUGCUGGCGUGGGCGCCACCGCUCCUGUACGCAUCCCUGCCGGCUUUCGGCUGGAACAACUGGACCGGUCCGGACUGGCACGGCUGCUGCGCACGAGGACAAAAGUGGACGCCGGUGUCAAACUGCUCCACUAACGUGACCAUUUGCUGCUCAUACAGACGCGUGUUCCCCAACGCCUUCCUCUACCUGGAGGUGUACGGGCUCGUCUUGCCCGCCAUUCUCACCAUCGCUGCCAUGACGGGCCGCGUCCUGUGGAUUACCCGGGGCCAGCUGAGGGACAUCUGCCGCCUCCAUCGCUCUGUGGAGCGUGGGCAAGCCUCGGACGGCGAGCACCGGCUGAACCUGCGCUACACUCGCUGCGUGGUGGCCGUGUCUCUCACCUUCCUGGCGUGCUGGGUUCCGUACCUCAUCUACAUGCACGUGUGCAUCGCCUUCCUGAUGAGCGACACCAAGUGGAGCUCCACCACUCACAUCGUGCUCUCAUGCACCGGUAUCGGCAGCAUGGCGGUGGUGCCGCUGGUGCUGGGCCUCGCCAACAAGCAGUACACGGAACCCGCCUACAAGCUGCUCCUCAAACUUCGAGACAGGCUGAGGCGGACCGCGCAGACGCCACACGAGUCUGCAGUCUGA